GUCUGAGAAAAGUUUUGUAGAAUUGCAUCGAGAUUUCGUGAUAAGGCCAUGAAAAGUAGUCCUCGUAAUGGGUUUGUUCCUCUUCAGUUUUCUAUUUUCCUUGCCCCAAAGUAUUCUAAAGAUAGCUUUGUGAGAAAACCUUGUUGCUCUUCACAUCGUCCUCUCUUUCCUUGUGUUGUUUGUUGUCACAAGUUGACAAGCAAUUUGAAUAAUUAUAGUAGGCGCAAUUUUUUGAAUGAUUGGGUUUGGACUAGUAUCUUGUUAACUGGUGUUGGUUGUUUUCUUGGUGAUAGUGCUAGUUGGGCAAAAGAAGAAAAACAAAGUGUUCCUGCCUCCGUUGCCAAUCAAGUAGAAACCUAUAAAGACUUGAUACAAGGUUAUAAAAUAUUGAGACCGUUAGGAUGGAAUGAAUUCAGUGGACAACGCAAUCAAUAUGAUAUCAAGUGGCAAGAUAUCAUCCAACCUUUGGAAGUCGUCAUGAUAGCUACUGUGGAUAUAGGAAAAAAUAAAUCCAUAAAGGAUUUGGGUUCUCCCAUGCAAAUUGGUGAAAAAUUGGCCAAGAACCGCAAGUUGCAACUGGUUACUGCAACUGAAAAGGAAACUGGAGGAAUUCCUGCAUAUGAGAUUGAAUUGAAAGGAGAUCCUCUUCAUCAACUGGUUUUAUUAACAGCAUCCAAAAGCAAAUUGUUCAAUGUUACGGCUACUUGUUCAGAGAGUCGUUGGUCCAAUCGAGAAAAACUUUUAAGAACAGUAGUAGAAUCUUUUGUUCCAAGUUUAUAAACAUAUAAAAGGGAUAGUGGGUUGACAAGAAGAGGACUUUAUCUUCCACAAAAAUGGUUCAAACUCCGUGGAAAAUGGCGCCAUUUUUCUAGACAGGCAUUUUUUUCCUCAACACUUUCCCCGCCCGCCUCCCACAAAAAGUAUGAAAAGUUGAACUCUCCAACUCUUUUAUAUAGGCCCUUCACAAUGCUUGGAAUUUCCAACAUCUAUGCGUUGGUUUCUUUAUCGAGAUGUUUGAAUGAAAGCUUGGAUUCAUUUUUCAGUUGACAACCAAUGCUUUAUCCAUAUUGAAACUUGGACUUACUUUAUAAUCACAUCUCUUCAAUAUUCACAUGAAGGAAUCAGAUGCAGAGGAAGAAUGGCAUGACUAGUCUAGUAUCAUAAAAAAAAGCCAAAGAAACAUGCAAAGGAGUGAAUAUAAAAAGCGAACGAGUAGAAAAUGAAAACCUUUUAAAACCAAAUAUCUAUCCACUGAACACUAGAAAAUUCUGCUGUAAACUAACAACCAACAUUUUGACUCUUCAGGCUACUUGUGUAUUCGAAAAAUGGUUAAGAUUAUGAUCGUUGGAAAAGUCAUAAAAAUAGAAAAUCAUAGCUCAAGUUUUGUUUCCGGUUAUUAUCUCGUAAAGUAUUCAAAAACUAGCGAUACAUUCUGAAAGAUUUAUAACCGGGCUUCAUCUGGAAU